CCCAAGUCAUGCAGUCUUUCCGAGAAAGGUGCGGUUUCCAUGGCAAACAGCAGAGCUACCAGCAGACCUCACAGGAGACACCACGCCUGGAGGACUACCGGCCGCCGAGCCAGGCCGGGCUGAGCUGUGACCGGCAGAGGCUGCUAGCCAAGGACUAUUACAGCCCGCAGCCGUACCCGGGCUACGAGGGCGGAGCUGGCGCAGCUGCCGGUGCUGCCCGCGGAGGCAAGGGCCUGCCUGCACAGCAGGUCCUGCAGGGGAGGUCUGCCCUCUCUGGCUACGGCAUCCAGGACAGCAGCCCGUACCCGGGCCGCUAUGCGGGCGAGGAAAGGCUGCAGGCCUGGGGGGCCCCCCAGCCGCCAGCCCCCCAGCCGCAGCCCCUGUCAGGGGGGGUGGGCAAAUACGAUGAGAACUUGAUGAAAAAGACAGCGGUGCCCCCGGGCAGGCCGUACCCGGAGCAGGGCGCCCAGCUGCCCUUCCGGACUCAGGCCCUGCACGCACAGCCCCAGCCGCCCCUGGCCUACCCCAAGCUCCAGAGGCAGAAACUGCAGAACGACAUCGCCUCGCCACUGCCCUUCCCCCCGGGCGGCCACUUCGUCCAGCAGUCGCCCUCCUUCCCCACCUCCUCCACCUACUCUCCCGCCGGCCAGGGCAGCGGGCAGGGGACCCACUCCUAUAAGAGCUGUACAGUGCCGCCCGCCCAGCCCCACGAUCGGCCGCUGGCUGCCAGCACCAGCCUGGCCCCGGGGCAGGGGGCCCAGAACCUGCACGCCUAUCAGCCCGGCCGCCUCGGCUACAACCAGCAGAAGCCGCCGCCACAGCAAGCCCUUCAGAGCCGACACCACGCUCAGGAAACCCUCCAUUACCAAAACCUUGCCAAGUACCAACACUAUGGGCAGCAAGGUCCGGGCUACUGCCAGCCAGAGGCGGCCCUCAGGACCCCGGAGCAGUACUACCAGACCUUCAGCCCCAGCGCCAGCCACUCGCCCGCACGCUCCAUGGGCCGCUCACCCUCCUACAGCUCCACCCCGUCACCGCUGAUGCCAAACCUUGAGAACUUCCCCUAUAACCAGCAGCCGCUCAGCACCGGGGCCUUCCCCGCAGGCGUCGCCGACCACAGCCACUUCAUGCCCCUGCUCAACCCCUCCCCGACGGACGCCGCCAGCUCCGUGGACACCCAGGCCAGCAACUGCAAGCCGCUGCCGAAGGACAAGCUCCCCGAGAGCCUGCUGUCGGACCUCAGCCUGCAGAGCCUCACGGCCCUGACCUCGCAGGUGGCCAGCAUCUCCAGCACCGUCCAGCAGCUGCUGCUCUCCAGGGCCGCGCCGCACAGGAAGGCCGCCAAGAGCCUGGCGUCCCGGACGCCCGAGCAGCACCGGAGCCAGCACUGCAGCCCCGAAGGCAGCGGCUACUCGGCCGAGCAGGUGGGCACGCCGCUGUCGGAGCCACCGAGCGGCACGCCGCAGUCCAGCCACGCGGAGCCGCCCGAGGCCGACUACCUGAGCGGCUCUGAGGACCCGCUGGAGCGCGGCUUCCUGUACUGCGGCCAGGCCCGCGGCAGCCCCGCCAGGGUCAGCAGCAGCGCCAAGGCCAAGCCCGAGUCCGUGUCCACCUGCUCCGUGACCUCACCUGACGACAUGUCCACCAAGUCGGAUGACUCCUUCCACAGCCUGCACGGCAGCUUGCCGCUCGACAGCUUCUCCAAGUUCGUGGCGGGCGAGCAGGACUGCCCGCGGCUGCUGCUCAGCGCCCUGGCGCAGGAGGACCUGGCCUCCGAGAUCCUGGGGCUGCAGGAGGCCAUCGGCGAGAAGGCCGACAAGGCGUGGGCCCCGCUGCCCGGCCUCGCCAAGGAUGCCAGCAAGCCCUUCUCGCUGGAGAGCCACGGCGCCUGCCUGGACUCCAUGGCCAAGAGCGCGUGGCCACGGCCAGGGGAGCCCGAGCCCGUGCCCGAGGCCUUACAGCUGGACAAGGGUGGCAACGCCAAGGACUUCAGCCCGGGGCUGUUUGAUGACCCUUCUGUGGGUGUUGUCACCCCGGACCCCAAGAAGACAACCGGCCCCCUCUCCUUUGGCCCCGGGCCCAGCCUCGGGGCUGCCCCCUCAGACCCCGCAGCAGCCUUUGACUGCUUCCCUGAUACAGCCGCCACCGGCUCCGCGGACAGCGCCAACCCCUUCUCCUGGCCCGAGGAGAACCUGGGGGACGCUUGUCCCCGGUGGGGGCUGCACCCCAGCGAGCUCCCCAAGGCUCUGGAGCAGGGCGGGAAGGCCUCGGAUGGCGUCGGCAAGGAGAGUGCCCACGAGGCCUCAGCCUGCCUGGGCUUCCGGGAGGAGGAGCCCGGAGAGAAGGCCACGGUGCCCCAGGACGCCAAGCAGGAGGAGGCGGGCGGGGUGAAGGAGGAGGCGGGCGGGCUGCUGCAGUGCCCGGAGGUCGGCAAAGCCGACGCGUGGCUGGGGGACGGCCGGCACUGCUGCGCUGCCACCGACUUCGGGGACCUGCCGCUGCUGCCGGCCCCGGGCAGGAAGGAGGACCUGGAGGCCGAGGAGGAGUACUCGUCCCUGUGUGAGCUCCUGGGCAGCCCCGGGCAGAGGCCCAGCGUGCAGGACCCACUGUCGCCGAAGGCCCCGCUGAUGUGCACCAAGGAGGAAGUGGAGGAGGUCCUGGACCCCAAGGCCGGCUGGGGCUCCCCAUGCCACCUCUCCGGAGAGUCUGUCCUCCUGCUGGGUCCCACCGUGGGCGCCGAGUCGAAGGUCCAGAGCUGGUUUGAAUCCUCCUUGUCCCACAUGAAGCCCGGGGAAGAAGGGCCCGAUGUGGCGUUGGCUCGGGGGGAUCCUGCCGCGCUGGCCCCCGAGGCCUCCUUGGUCCAGAAGCCGAACAAGCCCGCUGUCCCCGAGGCGCCCGCUGCUAAGAGAGAGCCCGUGCCACGGGGCAAGAGCUUGCGGAGCCGGCGGGUGCAUCGGGGGCUCCCCGAGGCCGAGGACUCCCCGUGCAGGGCGCCAGUUCUGCCCAAAGACUUCCUGCUUCCAGAAUCCUGCACAGGGCCCCCCCAGGGACAGAUGGAAGGGGCAGGGGCCCCAGGCCGGGGGGCCUCGGAAGGGCUCCCCAGGAUGUGCACCCGCUCCUUCACAGCCCUGAGUGAGCCCCGCACACCUGGGCCCCCAGGACUGAUCACCACCCCUGCCCCCCCAGACAAACUGGGGGGCAAGCAGCGAGCUGCCUUCAAGUCUGGCAAGCGGGUAGGGAAGCCCUCCCCCAAGGCGGCGUCCAGCCCCAGCAACCCGGCGGCCCUGCCAGUCGCCUCCGACAGCAGCCCCCUGGGCUCCAAGACCAAGGAGACGGACUCUCCCAGCACGCCCGGCAGAGACCAGCGCUCCAUGAUCCUGCGGUCCCGCAGCAAGACCCAGGAGGUCUUCGCCUGCAAGCGGCGGCCCUCGGAGAGCCGGGUCCCCGGCUGCCGUGCCGCCAAGAGGCUCCUUGCCAACAGCCACCUGUCUGCCACCUUCAAGGUCUCUGGCAACUCCCAGAAGGAGGGCCGGGCCAGCCAGCGUGCGAGGGCCCCCAAGCCCACUGCAGGCGGCAAGCUCUCUGACCGGCCCCUCCACGCACUCAAAAGGAAGUCGGCCUUCAUGGCGCCAGUCCCCACCAAGAGGCGGAACCUGGCCUUACGGAGCAGCAGCGGCGAUGCCGGUGGCGGCCGGGGGGACAUGAAGGAGGAACAGGCUGAGGACUCCCCCACCCUCUUCAAAAGGAUGUCUUCUCCCAAGAAAGCCAAGCCCGCCAAGGGCACUGGUGAGCUCACCCCGAAGCCCCCGCCUCCGGAGGCCCCCGACACCUGUCCGGAGCUGGCCUCGCGGGCCGCCUGCCAGGGGGCCGUGAAGACCAAGGUGCUGCCGCCCCGGAAGGGCCGGGGCCUGAAGCUGGAGGCCAUCGUGCAGAAGAUCACCUCGCCCAGCCUGAAAAGGUCGGCGUGCAGAGCGCCCGGGGCCGCCCCCGGCAGCCCCCUGAGCCCGCCCCUCCCUGAGAAGGACCCUGGGCUCAGGGGGGCCCGGGGCGGCCCGGGGGGGGCGGGAGGUCUCCUGAGUGUGGGCGCCGGGCAGAAGCUCCUGGCAGCUUCGGGGGCCGACCCGUUUUGCAGAAAUCCAGCCAACAGAUCCUUAAAAGGCAAACUCAUAAAUAGUAAGAAACUGUCCUCGACGGACUGUUUCAAAGCCGAGGACUUCACGUCCCCAGAGGCCCUGCCCCUUAGGAGGACUGUCCUGGCGCCGAAGAAAAGAAGCAGGAAAGGCAGGGCUGGAGCCCUGGGACUCCCCAAAGGGCCCCCGGAGAAGCAGCCCCAUGCAGGCCCUGCUCUGCUCUUGACUCCCCGAGACAGGGCCGGCAGCAUGCAGGGUGGCAGUGAGGACAGCCCCGGUGGAGGAAGCAAGAAGCCAAAGGCGGAGGAGCUGGGCCUGGCCCCCCAGCCCCCUGAGAGCAGGUCCUGCCAGCCCCGGAUGAGCGCGCAGAAGCAGCCGGGCCACGCCAACUGCAGCAACUAUUCCAAGCGAAAGCGCCUCACUCGGGGCCGCGCCAAGAAUACCAGCUCCUCACCCUGUAAGGGGCGUGCCAAGCGGCGGCGGCAGCAGCAGCAGGUGCUGCCCCUGGAUCCCGCAGAGCCUGAAAUCCGCCUCAAGUACAUUUCCUCCUGCAAGCGGCUGCGGGCAGACAGCCGCACCCCGGCCUUCUCGCCUUUCGUGCGGGUUGAGAAGCGAGAUGCGUUCACCACUGUAUGCACUGUUGUCAACUCCCCUGGGGAGGAGCCCACGCCCCACAGGAAACCUGCCUCCUCUGCCUCCUCGUCCUCGUCCUCGUCCUCCCUGGACGCAGCUGGGGCCUCCCUGGCCACGCUCCCGGGAGGCUCUGCCCCACAGCCCCGGCCCUCUCUGCCUCUCUCCUCCACCAUGCGUCUGGGGCCCGUGGUCGCCAAGGCCCUGAGUACCUCUUGCCUUGUUUGCUGCCUCUGUCAAAACCCCGCCAACUUCAAGGACCUUGGGGACCUCUGUGGGCCCUACUACCCCGAACACUGCCUCCCCAAAAAGAAGCCAAAACUCAAGGAGAAGGUGCGGCCGGAGGGCACCUGUGAGGAGGCCUCCCUGCCCCUCGAGAGAACACUCAAGGGCCUCGAGUGUGCAGCCGCCGCCGCUGCCAGCAAAGCCCCCCGGCCCGACGGCUCUGCUGACCCGGCCAAGCAGGGUUCGCUGCGCACCAGUGCCCGGGGCCUGUCCCGGAGGCUGCAGAGCUGCUACUGCUGUGACGGGCGAGGGGAUGGCAGUGAGGAGGCGGCCCCGGUUGCUGACAAGACCCGCAAGCAUGAGUGCAGCAAGGAGGCCCCAGCGGAGCCUGGCGGGGACACCCAGGAGCACUGGGUGCACGAGGCCUGCGCUGUGUGGACGGGUGGGGUCUACCUGGUGGCCGGGAAGCUCUUUGGGCUGCAGGAGGCCAUGAAGGUGGCCUUGGACAUGACUUGUUCCAGCUGCCAAGAAGCCGGGGCCACCAUCGGCUGCUGCCACAAAGGAUGCGUGCACACCUACCACUACCCGUGUGCCAGCGAUGCAGGUUGCACGUUCACGGAAGAUAACUUUUCUCUGAAAUGCCCCAAGCAUAAGAGGCUUCCGUUGUAACCCACCGGCGCUGGGAAAGCGGCGAGCGGCCUCGCGGCGGAGGGGCCCCUGUACAGCCGCCCCGAGACCUCCCAGGGCCGUCCUGACCUGACGGGGCCUUCCUUGGAUCUGGCUGCCUAGGGCUGAACCACCAGGUCCCUGGUUGGGAAGAAAACGUUCUGGAGCCCCCGCUCCCGGACGGACGACAGCAUUCCUCCCCACACCCGGGCCAGGCUUGGGAAGGGCCGGUCCCAGCAGCAGUGGCCCCGCCGUUAGCCUGGGAGCGCGCCGCCCCACCGGGAGUUCCGUCAAGGCGCACACCUCACGCGGUGCUGCCGCACGGCUGCGCCCUGGAGCUGGGCCCGAGGGGCCUGGAGGGGACAGGGCGGCUCCUAGGAGUGGGGGGUGGGGGCGGGCUGGAGAAGGCUA